AUGGCGCACAUUUACGAGGUCGGGACAAGGGCAUGGCAGCCCGACCCGACAGAAGGCUGGGUCGCAUCUGAGGUCAAGGAGAAGCUGGUGGACGGAGACAAAGUGCAACUGGUGUUUGAGUUGGAGAAUGGCGAGACGAAAACCGUCGAGACCACGCAGUCCGAACUGCAGGUCGAUAACAACUCAAAUCUACCACCGUUGAUGAAUCCGGCCAUGCUGGAAGCGAGCGAGGACCUGACGAACUUGUCUCAUCUAAAUGAGCCCGCUGUCCUCCAGGCGAUAAAGCUCCGUUAUGCCCAGAAAGAGAUAUAUACCUACAGUGGUAUUGUUCUGAUUGCGACCAACCCCUUCGCUCGGGUUGACUCCCUCUAUGUGCCCCAGAUGGUGCAAGUCUAUGCUGGAAAACAACGUGCUUCGCAGGCACCGCACUUAUUCGCCAUUGCGGAAGAGGCUUUUGCUGACAUGCUUCGCGAUGGGAAGAAUCAAACGAUUGUUGUCUCCGGUGAAUCUGGUGCAGGAAAGACUGUGAGCGCGAAGUAUAUCAUGCGAUAUUUCGCGACUCGCGAGUCCUCGGACCAACCCGGAAAAUAUACAACGAGCCGAGCGGACGCCAUUAGUGAGACAGAGGAGCAGAUUCUGGCCACCAACCCGGUUAUGGAAGCAUUUGGUAACGCCAAAACCACGCGAAACGACAAUUCUUCCCGCUUUGGAAAAUACAUUGAGAUUAUGUUUGACGAGCGAACCAAUAUUAUUGGUGCGAAGAUUCGGACCUAUCUCUUAGAACGAUCAAGACUGGUUUUCCAGCCUCUUAAGGAGCGCAACUACCAUAUCUUCUACCAGCUUGUUGCAGGUGCCACCGAUGAGAAGAAGCAGGAACUGGGGCUGAGCUCGGUUGAGGAGUUUGAAUACUUGAACCAAGGAGGCACACCCAUCAUAGAUGGUGUUGACGACAAAGCCGAGUUCGAGGCGACCAGGAAGUCGCUCUCGACUAUCGGGGUGUCGGAACAGAACCAGACUGAAAUCUUCCGUAUCCUUGCGGCUUUGCUUCACCUUGGUAAUGUGAAGAUUACGGCAACCCGCACAGACUCUUCUCUGUCGUCGACCGAGCCAUCUCUCGUACGCGCCUGUGAAAUGCUUGGUAUUGACGUCAAUGAAUUUGCCAAGUGGAUUGUCAAGAAGCAGUUGAUCACCCGUGGCGAGAAGAUCACCUCUAACCUCACCCAGCAGCAGGCUACUGUAGUUCGCGACUCAGUUGCCAAGUUCAUUUACUCGAGCUUGUUCGACUGGCUGGUGGACAAGAUUAACCGAGGCCUCGCCACUGAUGAAGUUCUCAACCGCGUGAAGACCUUCAUCGGCGUAUUGGAUAUCUACGGAUUCGAGCACUUCGCUAAGAACUCAUUUGAACAGUUCUGUAUCAACUACGCAAACGAGAAGCUGCAACAGGAGUUCAAUCAGCACGUGUUCAAGCUUGAGCAGGAGGAAUAUGUUCGCGAGGAGAUUGACUGGACGUUUAUCGACUUCUCAGACAAUCAGCCUUGUAUCGAUCUGAUUGAGGCAAAGCUCGGAAUUCUGUCACUGCUAGAUGAGGAAUCCCGACUGCCCAUGGGGUCCGACGAGCAGUUUGUCACCAAGCUCCAUCACCACUUCGCCGCCGACAAGCAGAAGUUCUACAAGAAGCCCCGUUUCGGAAAGUCUGCCUUCACCGUAUGCCAUUAUGCUGUUGAUGUUACCUAUGAGUCGGAUGGAUUCAUCGAGAAAAACCGUGACACCGUUCCGGAUGAGCACUUGGAAGUCCUCCGCAACUCGUCAAAUAGCUUCAUCAAGGAAAUCCUCGAUACCGCUGCGGCUGUUCGUGAGAAGGAUUCCGCUGCCGUCUCGUCCAAACCGGUUGCAGCAGGUCCUGGCCGCCGAAUUGGAGUUGCUGUGAACCGAAAGCCCACACUUGGAGGAAUCUUCAAGUCUUCGUUGAUCGAGUUGAUGCACACCAUCAAUUCCACCGACGUGCACUACAUUCGCUGCAUCAAGCCCAAUGAAGCCAAGGAAGCUUGGAAAUUCGAGGGUCCCAUGGUUCUCAGUCAACUCAGAGCCUGUGGUGUCCUGGAAACCGUCAGAAUCAGCACGGCAGGAUAUCCAACCCGUUGGACCUACGAAGAAUUCGCCAUUCGGUACUACAUGCUUUGCCAUUCAUCUCAAUGGACCUCUGAGAUUCGAGACAUGUGUCAUGCCAUCUUGCGCAAGGCUUUGGGAGAUUCGGAACAACAAAAGCAGGACAAAUAUCAGUUGGGUUUGACGAAGAUCUUUUUCCGAGCGGGUAUGCUCGCUUUCCUCGAGAAUCUCCGAACAUCUCGCUUAAACGAGUGUGCGAUCAUGAUUCAAAAGAAUCUUCGCUGCAAGUAUUACAGACGUCGUUACCUUGACGCCCGAGAGUCUAUUCUCACCACCCAGGCCUUCAUCCGAGGAUUCCUUGCCCGGCAGCGUGCCCAAGAAAUCCGUAGAACCAAGGCUGCAACUACUAUCCAGAGAGUCUGGCGUGGUUCGAAGCAGCGGAAACGGUACACCGAGAUUCGGAACAAUGUUAUUUUGUUCCAGUCAGUUAUGAAAGGAUUUCUCUGUCGGAGAAAUAUUAUGGAUUCGAUCAAUGGAAAUGCAGCCAAGGUCAUUCAGCGUGCUUUCCGCUCAUGGCGUCAAUUGCGAGCCUGGCGACAGUAUCGUCACAAAGUUAUCCUUGUCCAAAACCUGUGGCGAGGAAAGCAGGCCCGCCUGGCUUACAAGAAGAUACGCGAGGAGGCCCGGGAUCUCAAGCAAAUUUCCUAUAAGCUGGAGAAUAAGGUUGUGGAACUGACCCAGCACUUGGAAUCGCUGAAGCGAGAGAACAAGUCGCUAGUCUCCCAGCUAGAGAACUACGAGACCCAGCUCAAGUCCUGGCGCAGCAGGCACAACACCCUUGAGGCUCAUGCUAAGGAGCUCCAGGCUGAGGCAAACCAAGCAGGUAUUACUGCAGCCCGACUCGAGGCGGUCGAGGAGGAGAUGAGCAAGUUACAGCAGAGCCAUGCUGAGGCCCAGGCAACGAUCAAGCGACUUCAAGAGGAAGAGCGAGUCUCCCGCGAUGCUCUUCGUGCAACCAACGAGGAGCUGGACCGCCUUAAGUUGCUCAAUGGCGAUCACGAGAAGGAGAAGACCGCUCUUCGCCAACGAGUCUCGGAGCUUGAGGAACAGCUGGAAGUUGCCAAACGGUCAGUACCGGUCAAUGGAGUCAAUGGCGAAGUGCCCAAUGGUACUGCUGCCCCGACUCCUGCUAGCGGCCUGAUCAAUCUGGUUUCUUCAAAGAAACCUAAGCCCAAGAGACGUAGCGCCGGAGCGGAGAAGAUCGAGACGGAUCGUUUCAGCGGAGCCUACAACCCUCGUCCGGUAUCCAUGGCGAUCCCUGGACCCGGUGCGGCUCGCUCGACUGCUGCCAUUUCUCCGGGCCUCGAUUCUGUGGAGGCAGAGCUUGAGAACUUGCUCUCCGAGGAGGAGGACCUCAACGAUGAGGUCACUAUGGGUCUGAUCCGCAACCUGAAGAUUCCGCUCCCCAGCUCGAAUCCCCCGCCGACCGAGAAGGAGGUUCUUUUCCCCGCGUACUUGAUCAACCUUGUCACAUCCGAGAUGUGGAAUAACGGCUUCGUCAAAGAAUCUGAGCGCUUCCUGGCCAAUGUCAUGCAGUCCAUCCAGCAGGAGGUCAUGCAGCAUGAUGGAGAGGAUGCGAUCAAUCCUGGCGCCUUUUGGCUCUCCAACGUUCACGAGAUGCUGUCGUUUGUCUUCUUGGCCGAGGAUUGGUACGAGACUCAAAAGACGGAUAACUACGAAUACGAUCGUCUGCUUGAGAUUGUGAAGCACGAUCUGGAGAGUUUGGAAUUUAACAUCUACCACACCUGGAUGAAGGUCUUGAAGAAGAAGCUGUAUAAGAUGAUUGUUCCGGCCAUCAUUGAGUCUCAAUCUCUCCCCGGUUUUGUUACUAGCGAAACAAACCGUUUCCUUGGCAAAUUGCUGCCUUCUAACAACAACCCUGCCUAUAGCAUGGACAACCUCCUGAGCCUGCUCAAUGGCGUCUACCGUGCUAUGAAGGCGUUCUAUAUCGAGGACACCAUCAUUACACAGACUGUCACGGAGCUUCUGAAGCUUGUGGGUGUCACUGCCUUCAAUGAUCUCCUCAUGCGUCGGAACUUCCUCUCCUGGAAGCGUGGUCUCCAGAUCAAUUACAACAUCACCCGGAUCGAGGAGUGGUGUAAGAGUCAUGAUAUGCCUGAGGGGACUCUUCAGCUAGAGCAUUUGAUGCAAGCGACCAAGCUUCUUCAGCUCAAGAAGGCUACCUUGAAUGAUAUUGAGAUCAUUCAAGAUAUCUGCUGGAUGCUAUCUCCCAACCAAAUUCAGAAGCUGCUGAAUCAGUACCUUGUUGCAGACUAUGAACAGCCCAUCAAUGGCGAGAUCAUGAAGGCCGUCGCUUCUCGCGUCACCGAGAAGAGUGACGUGCUCCUACUGACUCCGGUGGAUAUGGAAGACAGCGGUCCCUACGAGAUUGCCGAGCCUCGAAUCAUUACGGCCUUGGAGACUUACACUCCAUCAUGGCUGCAAACACCACGGCUGAAACGACUGGCUGAGAUUGUAUCAGCACAAGCAAUGGCACAACAGGAGAAGCUUGAAAUAGAUAACGGAGUGCUGGAGGAGUAG